ACCCCAGGGCGGGAAGCAGGUGCAUUUCCGCCAGCUACAGGUACCUAGCAGGUGGCGGGCUGGGCCGGUUGCAGGAGCGGCGGCCGGGCUGCGCAUUGCCAGCUGCUUGCAAAGCCGGGAUAAUGAGCCUGAUCUCGACGUCCCGCUCCCUGAUGGCCCCCUGCGUGCCUCUCGGGGACCAGCCAAACGUGAGUGCUCAGCCUGAGACUUCCGCCGUGGUGAAGCUGAACGUCGGGGGCGAGCUCUUCACCACUACUGUGGGCACCCUGAGAAAAAUUCCGGGUUCAAAGCUGGCAGGUAUGGUCUUCACCUUAGCCAAGGCCUCCACCAGUAAGGACGAGGAGGGCCGAUUCUUCAUCGAUCGCCCCGGCACCUAUUUCGGAGCCAUCCUGGACUACCUGCGCAGCGGGCAGAUGCCCAAGCAGCACAUCCCCGAGGUGUACCGUGAGGCUCAGUUCUUCGAAAUCACGCCUUUAGUCAAGCUGCUGGAGGACACGCCGCAGAUCUUUGGUGAGCAGGUGGCUCGGAAACAGUUCUUGUUGCGGGUGCCAAGUUACAGCGAGAACCUGGAGCUCAUGGUGCGCCUGGCGCGUGCCGAGGCCAUGGCCGCGCGUUACUCCAACGUGCUGGUGUGUGCGGUGCACACGGAAGGGGAUGCGGCACACUGCGAGGAAUCCCUGCGAGUCCUGGAGGCGACCAAGAGGUUGGUUGUCAAAUUCGGGCCUUGGAAGGCGGCCCCGGUCAUCAGGGACCUCUUGGACUCCGUGCAGAUGGACAUUGAGGCUCAGGGAUAUCAGGUAGCCUAUGACUACUGCUCCAAGAAGACAUUUCAGCCUAAGGCAAAUGCCCACGAAUACUUCUAUACGUUCCGAUUCACCUGGUGGUGAUUCUCAGGGGGAGGGGGCUGUUUAUUAUGGGCUCUGGUGGGGCUUAUGAAAUUAAAAGUUGCCUUCAAAAAUCAUCUUUAAUUUCAAAAAUAAACAACUUCCAAGGUGGUCUGCAAAGCUUGCUCCCAAAUAUUUAUGUCCUCCGUGAAGACAUUCCACUCAUUGCAACUGACUCCACUGUACUUGCCUAGUGAAGUGCAGCUGCUCUCUCUUUAAAGCCUCACAUACCUGCCAGAUCCUUCCCUUGAAGUCGGAUAGCAAGGCUGAGUUGGAAUGUUUCAAAAAUGUUUUGGCUGGAGAUGUGGGCUAUCAACAGGAAUAUAACAGGAUAUGAAUCUAGAUUAGUGGUUCUCAACCUUGGCUGCACAUUAGAAUCACCUGGGAAUCUUUUUAAAAUCCUGAUUUCCGGGCCUCAUCCUCCGGAAAUUCUGUUUCUUUGUUAUAGGGUGGGGCCACAACAUUAGUAACAAAGAAACAGAAUUUCCGGAGGACGAGGCCCGGAAAUCAGGAUUUUAAAAAGAUUCCCAGGUGAUUCUAAUGUGCAGCCAAGGUUGAGAACCACUGAUCUAGAUAGUCUGACCUAAACACAUGAUUUACCCAGCUUCAGCCUUUGGGCCAAUCCUCUGGCCCAGGUGUGUGCCUUCAUGAUGAGGAAGAUGCCAAGUUAGUACCUGUAGUAGAUGCCACUUAGCUCUUCUUUCCCAGAUGCUGUAUUGGUUGCUAAAGCCUCACCCCUGUCCUAUCUCUAGAACAGUGGUUCUCAAAGCGUGGCCCCUGCAGCAUCAGCAACCUUUGGAACUUUUUAGAAAUACAAAUUCUCUGUCCUCCACUUCAGCCUACUGAAUCAGAACCUCAGGGUUGGCCCAGCAGUCUGCUUUAACAAGUCCUCCAGGUGGUUCUGAUUCUAAUUGAGACCUGCUCUAGAAGAAAAUUGCCCUUAUUUGUGAGGUUCUCCCUUACCUCAAGGAGGAACCAACUCUGGUACAGUUCCUGUUCCAGAGCUCCUUGUGGGAUCCAACUGAAGUCAAUCUUCAUUUAAUACCACAUUUUUGCUUAGCAUUUUUCCUCUGCUCUAUCUUGCUUCCCUCACUGCCCUUCCUGAGAGCACAUCAGCAAUAAACCACUUACACAAAGACUCUUUCAGGUUCUGCUUGUCAAUGUAAACCAUAACUCUAAGGACACAUGUAGAUAUUCAUCCUUCUCC